AUGGAGGGGAAGGAAUGGGGCCUGACGCACCUUCACCUUAAGGUUGGCUGCGUCACACGGUCCAGGCAGAAACCAGGAACAGGGGUAUUGGCGGCAGGUGCGACUCACAGUGCGCAACGAUGUCUCUUGAUAGGUAAUCGGCAGGAGCUCAAGGUGCUUCUUCAUCAAACGGCAGGAGCUGGCACUGUACCUAGCGCCGGAACGAACACGCACUUUCCCAAGCCAUCAUCGACUCUCCCCAGCACAACAGCUCCGAUGCGUUCUCCUCAAUCGUUUAAUCAUUCGGACGCUAACGCCGCCACCGCGUAUCCUUCAGGCUUAGGCAUCUCAAUAUCAAUCCAAAAUCUCAGUCGCUUCUGCCUGUCUUCUGUAGCUCAAGAUAAGGUACCUUGGGGUAUAGGUGGGCUUGGGAUCCCAGAGAUCUACAGAAAGAGGAAGCUCACGGGAGGGGCUUUUAGCUUCCCCGUCUCUCUUCUCUCCGCAGAUUUCGGCCACCUCAUUCCUCGUGCCGGUCGCCACGGCUCCGGGUCUACGCUUUCCACCGGCGCUUUCCUCCUUGCCUUCCAACGUCCAACAUCCACACCCGUCGUCAAGCCACAACCCAACGCCCUGCCAUUCACGCACCGGACAACUGCCUUGAUUAAUUGGGCAAUUCCAACGAACGCGUCUCAGCUUAGAGGCUCAACUACUUGCUUUCAAAGAAGCUCGCUUCUACCCAUGCUCUCCAAGGUGCCUUACUUUGACACAUCGAGCUUUGGGCUUCAACCGACUGAUAUCUGCUACAGCCUGAGCAAGAGCCCUGACCCUGGCUACUUCACCUGCCUUUCAUCUUGCCCUUGUACAGCUGGAUUCUCCACGAACUGCUGUCAAGACCUUCCAUUCUGUGCCCUCGAACCCACCCGCAACGGACGCCCGCAGCUACCCCCGGUUCCCGCCAUCUUAGCAGUUGCAACGACAAUGGACAACGCAGACCCUGGCGCAUCUAUUCUAGGCAUAACUGGAACCGCCAUCAAACCUGCAAGGGCAGGCUUCUUACGAACCGGUCAAAGCAUACAGCAAACGGCAUACAGUAUGCAGCCCCUAGAUGAACGAGGCUGCAGUCUUGACUACGCCUUGUCAACGCCUUCGUUCCAGAUGGGCUCUCGCAUUGGCAUCGGGCAGGAAUCAGCAGCCAAGCGGCUUUUCCCACGACACGGACACCAGAUUCUGCCACCAUCCGUCUGCAUUGUUAGUUUUGGCCUCGGCCCCGUGCUUGAACCGCGCUGUCUUUCGAGAUGUCUGGUAAUUGAGGCAGACCGCGCGACCAACGUCAAGCGCAUCCUGAUUGCCUUCUUUCCCGUUGCCCCUCAAUCGAGCAUCGACGUAGCAGGGCCAGCAGACAAGGAAUCCCGUGGAAGCUUUCAGCUUGUCUACACGUUCGUACCCUACCGUCUCGUGGCAACCACGAGUAGCGUGCUGACGUGCGUUUCUUCUGCCCCAAAUAACGGUGCAUCGUUUCUUCAGCGCAUGAUUCGCAAAAUCCCAAGAGUUCGGAACAUCCGAGGUGAGGACGUGCUCAACAUCCUUCCUACGGCAAACGGGCCGUCCCGUUUGCCCAUCAGCUCCCACUCAAGGUUACGGUUCACGACGUGCCCGCGCGAGAGCGACAACCUCACCGACAGUCGUCUCGGCGCCGAACACGGAUCACCCGGCCUCGUGAAUAGACUGGCCGCAUCCCUGGCCUCCCCUCUUUACAGCCACCCUCCUCCCCCUGACAAACUAUUGUUCCCAGUCAAACAACGGCCGUGUCUAUGUAAUGGUGGCAUUCUCCGCUGUAGUCUUUCGAGCCUUUUGAUGUACACGAACGCAAGCCUUUCCAUAAACGGUCUUCUAGUUGACAGCGCAUCGCCGUCUUUCACAAGGGACUCCCUACUUGUGAACCUUGAACAGUUGCAGGAGGUCCAAGUGCGAGGAGGCUCGAUCAAGCUCGGUGAUUUUCCCCCAACCUGCACAGAGCACCGGAGCCUCGUUUUGAUUGUUGCAGCUCGAGUAGAUUGGACAAACCACUGCAAGCGCGUCAUCGAGUAG